CAACAGAACAGAAAGGCGAUUCUGUGUGCGACUCAGUUUUCUUGAUGAUAAUUCUGCUGUUUUCGAAUGGAAAUGAUCAUAGCUUUUAAAAGAAAAAUGAGUUCUGGCAGCCCUGAAGUGUUCGUGCCCCAGAGAAAGAGGAGGAGGACGGAGAGUUUUGACGAGGGGCCGGACAGAAAGAGAAGGAGGAUGGAGAGAAAGAGGGGGAGGACGGAAAGUUUUGACGAGGGGCCGGAGAGAAAGAGGAGGAGGACGACGGAGAGUUUUGAUGAAGGCCAGGAGAGAAAGGAGAAGAGGGAGUGCAGUUUUGAGAAGCUGCCAUCUCUUAACUUCGUCAGUCCGGCAUCAGUUGGCAACAAAGUGGACUUGACAGUUAAAGAUAAAAACACAUGGAGAAUUGUUACCUCCUGCAAGAAGAGAAAACAGAGUUCUCACCGAGACGAGGGGCCUGCGAGAAAGAGAAUUAGGACAAAUAGUGUUGAGGUGGUGUCCGCACCCUCUUUCUGUGACCCGAAAGGCAGCUCAGAUCAGGUUCAGGAUCAGCAUAUGGAGGUUGAGGAUCCUGUGCCGAUAUACGAGAGACAUGCUGAAGAAUUACAUCAAAAUGUAGUGGCAGAUUUCAGUGGCCUUGAAGUCCAGCCGCCUGCAAACCCGCCAGAUAUUUUGAGCCGGUAUCAAUUUGGCAGAAUACUUGGUCAGGGAGGAUUCGGCAUUGUCUAUGAAGGGAAACGCCUGGAGGAUGGCCUUGAGGUGGCAGUAAAAAUUGCCAGAAAGCAGAGUAAUAUGCAGUACAUUGCCAUUCCUGGUCAUCCCGCACCCCUUCCAUUAGAGGUCGCCCUGUUGAUCCUGGUGAAUAGGGACCUUAAAGUUCCACAGAUCAUCCAGCUACUGGACUGGCAGGACGAGCUUGACCACUUGAUCAUGGUUUUGGAGCGCCCCUUACCCUGCACAGAUCUGCGUAACUACGUUGGGCUCUUUAGAGGAACACUCAAUGAAGUUUUAGCAGGACUUGUCAUGUGGCAAGUAACAUACGCCGCUAACGCAUGCAGUGCCAGUGGAGUUCUCCACCAUGAUAUUAAGAUGGAGAAUCUACUGAUCAAUCCACAAACAUUAGAGAUUAAACUGAUUGACUUCGGAUGCGGGGAUCUCCUGAAGGAAUCGGCAUAUAAUCAUUUCCGUGGCACACCAAAUUAUUGCCCCCCUGAGUUCAGAACAGAGGGCAGGUACCAUGGGAAUCCUGCAACUGUGUGGUCACUAGGAGUCCUCUUAUUCAGAAUUGUGUGUGGACACUUUCCAAUGCCCAGUGACCUGCUGAUGAUUAAUACGGGCACUUGGAAUCAGCCUGGCUUGUCACACGAAUGCUGUCAUCUGAUUCAGUGUCUCCUGCAGCUGGACCCAAGCGGGCGGAUUGGUUUGGAGGAAAUCCUGUCCCAUUCAUGGUUUCAGUCACUGAGCCUAUGAUCAGUUACUAAUGGCUUAGAAGAAGUAUUCACAUGUUGACUCUCAAGUUGAAGCCAUCCUGUAAGAAGAAAGAGAUCAAACUGAUUGACUUCGGAUGCUGGGAUGUCCAAAUGGAAUCUGGUUAUAAUCAAUUUUGUGCAAUCUAUUAUAACUGCACAAAACACCACAGACGUACCCGGGGUGGAUGCAGGGACCCGACCCGUACGGCAUAGCAGCCAGGAGUGAGGUUUGAGUGUGUGGUGCAACACGGACCCGCUUCCGUCGAAGAGCAGAGUGAGUGUGCGGAGGUGUCAGUGCAUCCGGGACACAUUUUUUUUUAUUCAGACCACACAAACCAAACGAUUUUUUUUCAUGGGUUAAACAUCUGAGCAUCGAAGGCGAUGCAGGCAAGGCUGCAGGAUACGUAUGCAGUUGGUGAAUUUGAUCAUGGGCUGAAUGACGUGACCAAUCUGGCGAAGAAGUUCGAAGCGCUUUUGGAGGAAGCAGACGAUGCGGUCACGGGGCGCUUUUGUCAACAAUACAACGAAUUCAAGUUCAUGGUUAAUGAAAAAAGGAAAAUCGGAGCG